GACUAGCUGCAAGAGCUACGUGCGUCAGAAACGCCAGAAAUGAAAAUUCUUUGCUUCUCCAACUCUAGAUUCUUGCCUGUCGUCUUCUUACUAGGCACAUAUUCAGCCUUGUUGCUGUGCGGAUGGCUGCUGUUUCAUGAUCACACCAAUGGAGAAACAAUUACAUCUCUUUCGCAAAAUCAAGAACUCCAACAGCUGUUUGUUCAUCCUACACAACCAUCUGCAGAAAAGCGUCUCUUUCUCAGGAAAGAGGCGUUGAAGAGAAAAUGCGCAAGAUUUCAGCAACCUCUCACUUUCGAAGAAAAAAGUCGUUUGUACGCCGAAAUGGUGGUAGACGACAAAAAUCGAGUCAUUUGGUGUCCAGUCAGGAAAGCAGGGACUACGACGUGGCGCAUUGUCAUGCUCAUCCUUACGGGCAAGUUCUCGGCAGUAGACGCUGCUUUAGACCAUAUCAUGCAACACGACUUCAAUAGUGUGACUCGUUUGAGUGCUAGAUAUCACAACAGUAAGGAUAUCGAAUACAGAUUGAGAAACUACACGAAAUUUAUGGCGUACAGAGAACCUCUUGGACGUGUCGUGUCUGACUACAGACAAAUUAGACUUUGCAACACUCCGUUUCGUAAACAGAUGUGCACGUGGGUUCUUAGAUACAGCAGAGUCCCCAUUCAAUCAACUAACAACAAGCACGUCCCAAUGGUUCUACCGGAGAUAUCCUUUCCUCAGUUUGUUAAUUUCAUCACACGUUUUGUCGACAAGAAAAGGCACCUAGAUCUUAACAUUCAUUGGAGACCAACACACUUGAUCUGUCAUCCGUGUCAUAUUGAUUACGAUUACCUCGUCGAUUUGAAUAGUCCUGGUGUUGUUGAGGAAUCUGGUUACGUUCUCAACGCUCUCGGAGCUCCCUCCUGGCUGCAGUUGCCACAAGAAAACCGAUCGGGUAACGAAACGAAGUUCGCUUUUCUCUCUCAACUCUCAGCGGCUCAAUUUGAACGCUUACGUUCUCAGUACGACGAUGACUACGAGAUAUUUGGAUAUCAAAAGUUUAAUUUGAGUGACUCAACUCUCUAGAAUUAAUUAAAAUGCAUUACAACGUUUUAUAACUUUUAUCACUUUGCAUACUGUAUACAUGUCUCUAGAUAAUUAAUUAAUUA